AUGUGGGGCAGCGAUCGCCCGUCGGGUGCAGGGGGAGGUGGGGCGGCCGUGACAGUGGCCUUCACUAACACUCGCGACUGUUUCCUCCACCUGCCUCGGCGCCUCGUGGCCCAGCUGCGCCUGCUGCAGAACCAAGCUAUAGAAGUAACCUGGGGUCAACAGCCUGUCUUCCUGAGCUGGGUGGAAGCCAGACACUUUAGAGACCAAAGUGAACAUGUGGCUGAAAUUAACAGACAAGUUGGUCAGAAGCUUGGACUUUCACAUGGGGGUCAGAUGUUCCUCAAGCCAUGUUCCCAUGUGGUAUCUUGUCAGGAAGUUGAGGUGGAACCCCUCUCAGCAGACGAUUGGGAAAUACUGGAGCUGCAUGCUGCUUCCCUUGAACAGCAUCUUCUAGAUCAGAUCCGAAUAGUUUUUCCAAAAGCCAUUUUUCCUGUUUGGGUUGAUCAGCAAACUUACAUUUUUAUACAGAUUGUUGCACUCAUGCCAACUGCCACCUAUGGAAGGCUGGAAACUGACACCCACCUCCUUAUUCAGCCAAAGACCCGCCAAGCCAAAGCAAAAGCAGAUGAGGCACAAGAACAUUUUCAUAAUCAUAGAAGAAACCAAGAAAGAAUGACAAAAGAACUUCAAACCAAACAACUUCAGUCUCACACUGUGGGCGUCACUGGAUCUAAUGAGAUAGAUCCAGAGCUUACAGUGGACUCCUCAUUGACACCAAGCUUAUGGACUAUGAUUGGAAGCCUUUUUUCCUUUGGAUCUGAGAAGAAACCCAUGACGUCCUGGGGUUUAACUGAAAUCACUGCAUUCAAAAAUAUGCAGUCAAAAGUUGUUCCUUUAAAUAAUACUUUCAGAGUAUGUAAAUGUCAGCCUCCCAGUACACGCAACACACCAGCAACUUCUGCAUUUCACAAACAUGCUGCCAUUCAUGUAUUUCCAUGGGACCAGGAAUAUUUUGAUGUGGAGCCCAGCCUUACCGUGACCUAUGGAAAGUUAGUUACACUACUUUCUCCAAAGCAACAACAAAGUAAAACAAAGCAAAAUGUCCUGUCACCCGAGAAAGAGAAGCAGAUAUCAGAACCACUAGAUCAAAACCAAAUGAACUCAAACCAUAGUGAAGAAGCUGGUAAGACCUGUGUACUAAAGAUAGUCUGGAAUGGACUUGAGGAAUUGAAGAAAGCCAUAAAAUACACCAAAAGUAUAGAAGCUCUCCAUCUUGGUAAAGUCUGGAUUCCAGACGACUUGAGAAAGAGACUAAAUAUAGAAAUGCAUGCAGUAGUCAGAAUAACUUCAGUGGAAAUUAUCCCCAAAGUUCCAAGAUCUCUAAAAUUACAACCCAGAGAGUAUUUACCUAAAGAUACAAGUGAAGAGGACAUAAAAACUGUGUUCCAUUCAUGGCUACAACAAUCCACUACCACCAUGCUUCCUUUAAUAAUAUCAGAGGAAGAAACUCUUAAGCUGGAAAUUAAAAAUGAGUUGAAAGAAUUUUCUCUGAAUACAGUUCACUCUUGGGAAAAAGAUAAAGCAAAAAAUAUUUUUCUGUUGAGUCCCAACCUGCUGCAGAAGACCACAAUAGAAGUCCUUCUAGACCCUCUUGUAAAAGAAGAGAGCAGUGGGGAAGUUGACUCUGUUGUUCCCUUUUUAAAGCUGAGCUCCUUGGGAGGAGUGAAUUCCUUAGGUACAACAUCCAUGGAGCACAUCACUCAUAGCCUCCUGGGACGCCCUUUGUCUCGACAGCUAAUGUCCCUUGUGGCCGGACUGAGGAAUGGAGCCCUUUUGCUCACAGGAGGAAAGGGGAGUGGAAAAUCAACUUUAGCCAAGGCAAUCUGUAAAGAAGCAUUUGACACUUUGGAUGCACAUGUGGAAAUAGUUGACUGUAAAGCUUUGCAAGGAAAAAGACUUGAAAGCAUACAAAAGUCCUUAGAGACAGCUUUCUCAGAGGCAGCUUGGAGGCAGCCAUCCGCUGUUCUGCUGGACGACCUCGAUCUCAUUGUUGGCUUGCCCACUCUCCCUGAACACGAGCACAGCCCCACGGCGGUGCGGAGCCAGCGCCUCGCACAUGCAUUGAACAAUAUGAUAAAAGAAUUUGUUUCCAUGGGAAGUUUGGUUGCUCUGAUGGCAACAAGCCAAUCCCAGCAGUCUCUGCAUCCUUCACUUAUUGCUGCCCAAGGAGUUCACGUGUUUCAGUGUUUCCAGCACAUUCAUCCUCCUAACCAGGAGCAAAGAUGUGAAAUUCUGCAUAAUGUACUAAAAAAUAAACUGGACUGUGACAUGAACAAGUUUGUUGAUCUUGACUUGGACCUUAUAGCUAGAGAGACAGAAGGGUUUGUUGCUAGAGAUUUUACAGUGCUUGUGGAUCGAGCCGUACAUUCUCGUCUCUCUUUUCAGAGUAUAUCCACCAAGGAAGAAUUAGUUUUAACAACAAUGGACUUCCAAAAAGCUCUCCGCAGAUUCACUCCUGCGUCUCUGCGAAACGUCAACCUGCAUAAACCUAGAGACCUGGGCUGGGAUAAGAUUGGUGGAUUACAUGACGUUCGGCAGAUACUCAUGGAUACUGUCCAGUUACCAGCCAAGUACCCAGAGUUAUUUGCAAACUUGCCCAUACGACACAGAACAGGUGUACUAUUGUAUGGGCCUCCUGGAACAGGAAAAACCCUGCUAGCUGGAGUAAUUGCACGAGAGAGCGGGAUGAAUUUUAUUAGUAUCAAGGGGCCAGAGUUGCUCAGCAAAUAUAUUGGAGCAAGUGAACAAGCUGUGCGUGACAUUUUUGUUAGGGCGCAGGCUGCAAAGCCCUGCAUCCUCUUCUUUGAUGAAUUUGAAUCCAUCGCUUCUCGGAGAGGUCAUGAUAAUACUGGCGUGACAGACCGAGUAGUUAACCAGCUGCUGACUCAGUUGGAUGGAGUAGAAGGCUUACAGGGUGUGUAUGUGUUAGCUGCUACUAGUCGCCCUGACUUGAUUGACCCUGCCCUGCUCAGGCCUGGUCGACUAGAUAAAUGUGUGUAUUGUCCUCCUCCUGAUCAGAUGUCACGUCUUGAAAUUUUAAGCGUUCUCAGUGACUCUCUGCCUCUGAUGGACGAUGUCGACCUUGCUCACGUGGCAUCGGUAACUGACUGCUUUACUGGAGCAGAUCUGAAGGCUUUACUCUACAAUGCCCAGUUAGAGGCCUUACAUGGAAGACUGCUCUCCUGUGGGCAUCAGGAUAGAAGUUCCAGCUCAGAUAGUGACCUAAGUCUGUCUUCGAUGGUUUUUCUUAACCACAGUAGUGGCUCUGAUGAUUCAGCUGGAGAUGGAGAAUGUGGCUUAGAGCAGUCACUUGUUUCUCUCGAGAUGUCUGAGAUCCUUCCAGAUGAAUCAAAGUUUAAUAUGUACCGGCUCUACUUUGGAAGCUCAUAUGAAUCAGAACUUGGGAAUGGAACCUCUUCUGAUUUGAGCUCACAGGGCUUGUCUGCACCAAGCUCCAUGACUCAGGAUUUUCCUGGGGCUCCUGGGAAAGAGCCAUUGUUUUCACAACCUCCCGUGCUGAGGACAGCGUCACAAGAAGGGCACCAAGAGCUCACUCAAGAGCAGACAGAGCAACUGAGAGCAGAGAUCAGCAUUAUCAAGGGCAGAUACCAGAGCCACAGUGGAGAGGAUGAAUCCCUUAACCCACCAGGACCAGUCAAACCCAGUCUGGCUAUUAGUCAGUCUCAUUUAAUGACUGCGCUUGGUAACACAAGGCCGUCCAUUAGUGAAGAGGACUGGAAGGGUUUUGCUGAGCUGUAUGAAAAUUUUCAAAAUCCUAAGAAGAAAAAAAAUCAAAGUGGGACAAUGUUUCGACCUGGACAGAAAGUAACUUUAGCAUAA